GAGAGAGUAGUCAUGGCGUGUGCUUCAGGAGGAUGUGGCGGCGCUGGUGGUGGUUGCUACAAGGACGAAGAGGAGAAGCAAGUGUUAGUUUCAGAACAUCAAAAUCAGCAUCAUUAUAUCUGUUUAAAGUGUAAAGUAGAAGAAUUCAUCUCUUCUUCUUCUGGGGAUUUUAUUAGUGAUCUUUGCUUUGUAUGUUUUCGUUCUAAUCUCUUUGGUAAAUUCAAGCAAUCGUUGUGAACGAAAACAUACAAAGCAAAGAUCACUACCAACGACUUGAUUUCCCCUACUGAUAAAGUUCUCGUUGCCUUCUCUGGUGGUCACUCCUCCAGGAUAGCUCUACAAUUUGUGCAUGAGUUGCAAGAAAAGGCACAGAAAAAUUCAGAAGCUAGUAGAGAUAAAGCGUAUCCUGUAUUUGGUGUGGGAGUUGCAUUUAUCGAUGAAACCAACAUUAAUUCUCUUGAAUUGGAUAAAGCAAUUCAGGACUUAAGAUUGAUUGUUUCGAGUUUGUCGCUACCUGAAAAGGAAUUGCACAUUAUGCCCAUUGGAAAUAUUUGUUCCUCGGACCCUGUGGAAGGAAGGAACAAGAUGAGUGAAUUGUUGUGUAAUGUUACUGAUGCCACCGGCAAAGAAGAUCUCUUGCGAUAUCUUCGUAUGCUAUGCUUGCAGAAGAUUGCUUAUGAUAAUCGGUAUAAUAAAGUGGUGCUAGGAUCAUGCACAUCAUCUAUAGCUUGCCAUAUUAUUUCAGCGACUGUGAAGGGACAAGGUUAUUCUUUACCGGCAGAUAUGCAGUACAUUGAUGCGAGAUGGGAGAUCCCAGUGGUGCUUCCUCUGCAAGACUGUGUUGCACAAGAGCUCAAAAUGCUCUGCUGCCUAGACAGUUUAAAGACCUUGGAGGUGCUUGAUGGUCCUCGUGCUGGUAUCAAUGGCUUGGUGUCAUCAUUCAUUCAAGUUCUUCUGGAAGAAAACCCUGGACGUGAACGCACCAUUGUUAGAACAGCAGAAAAGCUCAGUCCAUUCCAUUUCAAUAGGCUCCCAGAAGAAAGCAAAGACUCCAAUAACAGUCAUUUGCCAUCACGAUGGCGUCGCAGGAAGAAGCAAAAUCUAAAAUCUCAUGAUGAGUCCAUGCCGUCAGAGUUUCUCUGCCCAGUCUGCUUCAGUCCACUGACUAAAUCAGAGUUUGAAAGUUUAACAAUGAAGCUUGGGAGUUCUGACACAUGUAGUGAAAGUGAAAUUUUUGGAUCAAGCUGCUGCCCCAGUUGCCAGUUUCAGAUACUUCCAAAAGAGCAUUCAUCUAUGGAGCAGUUCUAUACACUUCUGCCCCAGCCAAUGAUAGCACGAGCACCAAGGGAGAGCAUGAAUGGUGACCAGACUUGGCUAAGGGAGCAAAUCAAAGAUUGCUUGCUCUCUGACGGUGAGGAUGGAACAUGAAUCCUGCUUUCUUCUGCUCAUGGUAACCAGGUGACUACCGGAGAACCUAUCUAGUGGUGUCAAAAAGUGCACCAAAAAGUCAUCAUCUUGGUCAAGAUUCACAAAGACAGCUCGUUUUGGUAACAGAAUUCAGUGUCAUUGCACGUUGUUCAGUAUUGGAAAUCCUUAUUUGUAUCUUGUAUUAAUUCAAGGCGUCUCGGCCGAUUCUGAGAUAGAGAGCGGACCAUUUAUUUACUGUAUACUUAAUUUAAGUGAUGCCAAUUUUCCCCCUAUUAAUUUAUGCUGAUU